AUUCUCACCCUGAUCUGUGAGAGGCAGCAAUGUGCCGCAAGGCAUCCAGCCUGCCGGAAAUUUACAUGAAGAAGAAAAGUAAACAAACCGAGCGCACCUUCUCUACAACCUGCUCUGUGUACGGGCUCGUACCUACGUGAUGUUCACAAGAGGUCAACUAUGGAUACUCGGCUGCAAGAAUUUUUGAUGGAGCGCAAGCUUGAAGAAGAUGUGAUCCAGAAACUUGAAGAUGAGAGUAUUGAUGAAACUGUCAUUCCCUUAAUGACAGACACUGACCUGGCAAAGUACAUCCCCAAAGUUGGAGAUAGAGUCUCCACUGUGGCCUUCUGCAGACAAGCAUCACUGUCACAAAACUCAGGAUCCAGAAAAGAAUCCAUACUGUCGAGGCUACGACAAAGACUGUCUGGAGCUGAGGGGAUGCCACCAAAAAAGAGAACAUCAAAGUGGGAAGGAAAUAAAAAUGCCAAACGGAAUGUGAGACGAAUUGAGGUUGGCUGGAUGGAUUUUGAUGAGGAGGAGGAGAGGUUCAAACAGGUGAGAUCUGUACGUGGUGGAGGGACAAGGCACCUCUCAAUCGACAAAGAUAAAACAGUGGCAAAUAUCAAAGUUAUGGCUGAAAGUCUUUUUUUCCCCAAAGGCCUUUCAAAAAACAACAGAAGUCUUUCACACUAUUCAAGUCAUAUUGAGAGCUCACAGGUGCAUGUUGAUAUGUCCAAUACAGUAGAAGAGUUGUAUAAUCAAAGCAAGGUCAAAAUUCUGCGACUUUAUCUGUGCACCAAAAAGAAAACAGGACAGCAGCCCUCAGGAGUGGAGGGUGACCACGCAUCAAGCCAGCCCUCAGUGGUAGAUCUCACUAACAAUGAACAGAAUCAGGCUGGUGAGGAUCUGUUGGUAGAAAACCGAAAUUCAGAAUCACCAAACCACUAUGGAAUUAAUGAUGGAGCUUCCAGAAGUGACUAUUUGGAACUGAACGACACAUUACCAUGGGAUGGUCUGCCAACUGUGGGCGAAAGUGAAGAUUCUGAAGUUAUUAUUGUAAGUGGGGAUGACAGGCUGGAUGUAAGUGUGGAUGAACCAAACCUUGAAACACUAUUUCCAGAAAAAGAGGAUGAUGCACUUCAAACUGUGGAUCUGUCACCGGUGCAUGCAGGGGAGGCCAAUGUUCCAGCCCAAGCACUUCCUGAACCACAAUCUUGUCCUGUAACGCUGAUUGUAAGAAGAGGUCACUGUCUCACUGACUUGAUCAGUGCCUUCAAGGACCCCAACAUUAUUGCAUCUGAGGUUAACAUCAAAAUGUGUUUACCAAAUGGAGAGCUUGAACAGGGGGAAGGAAGUGGUGUCUUGUGAGAUUGCCUGACAGAAUUUUGGAAGGAUUUCUAUGACAGCUGCACACUGGGAGUUGAGGUGAAAGUCCCCUUCAUCAGGCAUGACUUUCAGUGUGAAGAAUGGCAGGCUGUAGCUAGAGUGUUUGUAGUAGGGUGGAAACAAGCUGGUUACUUCCCAGUGAAGCUUGCAAUACCAUUUCUGGAAGAGGUGCUGUAUGGCUCGACAACCAGUAGUUUCAAGGAUUCCCUUUUGCUGUACGUAUCACAAGAAGAAAGAUCUGUCCUUCAGAAGGCUUUGGAGGACUUUAAUUCAGUGGACACAGAUGAAUUGCUGGAUGUACUCGAUGCACAUGAAUGCAAGCAAGUCCCUACCAAGGACACACUGCUCCCUGUUUUGUCACAGAUCGGACACAAAGUAGUCGUUCAGGCCCCAAUGUUUGUAAUUAAGUGCUGGCGUCCUGUUGUGAGUUCUGUGACUGGUUUACUACCACCAGAAGGACUGCAUCAUUUCAUUGCACAAAAAAAACCAACUGCAAAAACUGUGAAGGAGCUUCUAAAUUUUCCAGAGGAGAUGACAGCAGCCCAGUCAACAGUUUCUCGUUACCUGAAAAGGUACAUUGGGGAAAUUGAUAGCAACAAUCUUCAGCUUUUCCUGCGGUUUUGUACAGGAUCUGAUCUGUUGGAUAAGGCCAUACUAAUUGAGUUCAUAGAAACAACAGAUUUUCUCCGCAGACCACAAUCCCACACAUGUGGAUGUGUACUAAAGCUGCCCACUGGUUACUACAGCUAUCCAGAUUUUCGCAGUGAAUUUAACAGCAUUCUCACAAGCUCAAUGUGGGUAAUGGAUGUGGUGUAGGUAACAAUACAAACGAUAACAUGAAAGAUGUGACAGCUCCUUGCUAGGCUGGAUGUUUUUGUUAUGUAGCCUAUUGUUCAUUUUGUAUGUGUGGCAUUUUAUUUCAUCUGCUUUUGAAGUUGUUCAUUUGUUCUUUCCCAAUCAAAUGGUAAGCUUAAAGGGAUAGUUCGGUGAUGUUGUAUGAGGUACGUAUGCUUAGUCUGUACCUAUAGUGGACAGCACUCAGCACUCUCCAGGUUUCCAGGUCUCCAGAAGCAGAGGGGAGUGCUGGGACAGACGCAGAGCAAUGCAUCGCUGAGUACAGGGACAACAGCACAGCAACUAACAUAUUUUAGUCACCUAAAAGAAGUCUCAUCUCUAAAGAAUACACCAGGUUACCUGUACACUAUACUAGGAAUAUUUUCUGUGCUUCACCUGGUGGGAAAACUGUCGUUUCCUUUGACACUAGCCAUAAAACCCAUAUGCCUACGCCUAAAGUGCAUCUGUGCCUGAUGCACGCUGUAUUACUCCGGUCAGUGCCAAAAGGAAUGACUACUUUGUGAGCAGUUGUACAGCUCCACUUCAAUUGCCAAAAGCCAAUUGAUUAAACAUGUUUUAUAUUGUUAUUACAGUUGUUUGUAGCAACCCCAGGAGAAACAAGAAUGUGAGCCUUGGCUGAUGUUUCAGAGGUGUUUAAAAAUAAUUGUUGUUUACAGAAGUUGUUUACAUUUUAAAGAAGUUUAAAUAACAUUAUUUUGUAACCAUCAGUAUGAUACUGGCUAACAGGAGGUUUGAAAACUGUUCUUAUCCUGUUAUGUGCACAAUACAACCUGUUGUUUUUGACUAUGGUGUAUUUUGUAAAAACAGACCAGUAAACCAUUCAAGUUUCUACAAAA